ACCGAAUUGCUAUCCCGUCAAAAAUUUGGAAGUGCAACAUGGAUUUAUCCCAAACGUCAUAAGCGACACUCGACGACAUCGCAACCUGACUCUGGUAGUCGAACCCCAAAACCACGCACGACACAUAAUGCCAUCCUACGCUCCGUCAUAAGACAUCGUUUCUACCUACGGCACUGGGAACCAUGCAACAGACGCCAUUCAUUUGCCGGUCAUGUCUCUCCAACAUCCGACGACAAGGCGACCCGCUUCAGCUCCGGCUUCCCCUCCGUCCCCGGCCGCUCAUGCGUCCAGCCAGCUCUCUCGCGCCCUCGCCGCACGCCCAACACUCAUCUGAUAGCCAUGCGACCGGACCCGAUCAGUUCCCGGUGCCCUCGAGCCAGACGAACCCAGGUACCAAGUCGGGCGGAAAGAAGCGCACAUCCUCGAAACAACCCAGACCAUUGAAAGGAUGGGCCAACAAGUGGAAAAAGGACCGAAGCGUCAUUUGGAAAAACGUCAGCAAGAGCGCCUAUCAAAGCAGCAUAUUAGAGUAUUCCCGUUGGAAGCACAAGUUCAGCCAUAUAUGGAACAGGAGAGACUUGGAUAAGAAACGGAGGGACAGAUACCGAGACAUCGCCCUGCAGUCAGGGCGCCCUGAGCUUUACAUAAUACAGGAUCUACUCUGCCAGAGGGAUGUCAACCACAUGCGGCAAGCCUGGCAGCUCAUACCCGAGGAGAGUCGAGCAAAGCUCUGGCGCCCGGUUAUGCUCAACACUCUCCGUUGGUUCCCCGACCAAGCCCCCGACAUCUUCCGGGCCAUCUUUGCACAAGACGGAUCGAACUUCUACACUGUCGUCGACAGUUUUCUCUACAUGACCGACUAUCUACAGAGGCUACAAGAGCCUUUACAGUCGGAAUACGGGAGGGCCGUUGCUGGGGCCUUGCUUCAUUGCUACCACAACACUUCGAAGCGCUACAUCUGCCUACGACAAAAUACCAUCUACCAUAUUCUUAGGCACGCAACGACGGAGCAGGUCUACGAGCUACUCAUGGCCAUCAAAGAAUACCGGCAGCCAUUACAUGUCAACACGAAGCAACAUUUUGUAUGGUACUUGGCAAAGGAGCCAAAAUACAAGCCGGCGGCUGCUGAUCUACUGCGUGAGAUGAUUCGGGAUGGACAGCUGGAUGUCAACGGGCUGCAUUGCGCCGCUCUGGCUACCGCCAUCCUGACCUUUCCAAAGAUCACAGCGGGAAGUAAAGAGAACGACGAGAGCCUCCCAACGCUCCGCUCGCAACUAAACCAAGAGCUUCUGGACUUCGGACUUCAGCCCAACAUCAUCCACUACACAACUAUUGUCAGGAACCUUUGCGAUAACAACGAACUGGGAACUGUGUGGCAGGUCUACGACCUGAUGACCAGUCAGGGAGUCCAGCCAGAUCUCAUUUUCUAUUCCCAGCUGUUGCACGGAGCUACGCUAGCAAAUGACCACCCGAGUUUCCGCCGCAUACUCGAGCUUUUGCCAGGUGAAGCGUCACAAGAUCCCGUCAUCAUCAACGGUAUCCUCACCUUUAUUCAUACUACAACGGUCUGGGAGCUCCGAAAGCGGAAGAUGAAGCCACCAGUUCCCAUUCCAAGCUUCGAGUACAUGUUCAAGACGUACUCCAAGCUAUUCGACCUUGGUCCUUUGCAAGCCCUGUUGAAUAUCGACCUACAAAACUACACCGCAGAAAUCCACCAGCGAGAACUCGAUGGAAUGGCCCCUUCAUGGGCCGGCUGGCAGAGUAUGCGAUCGCUCAGGAACACCCUGACCCUCAUACCCGAACUCGAGGCCGAAGCCCGUAUCCAACCAGGCAACGACACGCUCAACAUCAUGGUGACCUCCUUCAUCCGCAACUUCUCCCAGCCCUACAGUCUGAUCGAGUUCUACUCCAACUUCCGCAACCGGCUCAAGCAGGGCGACCCGACCAUCCUCGCCUUCGUCGCCUCCAAGGGCACCCAGAUCCACGACACCGUCAUCAAGGCCAUCCUCGAAUGGCAAGGCACCAACAUGGCCCUCGUCGCCCUCGACAUCGUCAGCGACAUGCUCAAGGACGCCGCCGCUUCCCGCGCGCUCUUCGACGCCGACCCGCACAAACCCGACCUGGAACCCCGCCACCCGGCCCCGAGCGUCUACACCUGGUCCGUCCUACUGCACGGCUUCAUGCACCGGCGCGAGCACCGCGAGCAGGGCGAUCGCAUCUUCAAGAUGAUGCGCGACCACGGCGUCCAGGCCAACCGCGUGACUUGGAACACCCUGAUUGCCGGCCACGCCCGGCUGCAGGCCGUGGGCAAGACGGCGUCGGCGCUGCAGCGCAUGGAGGCUGCGGCAUAUAAGCCUGAUCGGUUCACGUUGAGGGCAUUCGGAUACUUGCUCAAUCGCGAGGCUGCAUUGCAGAUGAUGCAGAGGUUGGACGAUAAGAAGAAGAGGAGGCAGGCGGCGUUUGUGGCCAAGUUGGCGGAGGCGGCGGCCAGGGACGAGAACUCUGAGGAGAUACCGGAGGUGCCUGACUGGAUUGCCGCGCAGGAUGAGUAUAGGAUGAUGGAGGAGCAGUUGAGGGAUAUUAGCCAGAGUGUCGUGGUUGAAGAGUCGCUGGCUGAAGGGGGAGAGGAGCGGAAGGUGGUCAAGGCGGCCGAGGAGGACUGGGAGGAGACGGCGGGGGAGAUUGAAGGGUUGGAAGCGUACAGGGCAAGAAAUGUUGCGAGUGCAUAAGUAACAUGUGAUGCAUGACUCGGUUACGGGCAUGUAUAUGUACAACUAGGUGUCGGCAGCAUGUACGACUUGCAGAUGUGGGAGUCGGAGGUCGGAGUUGUACAACAUAUUUUGGAAACACAUGACACGAAUAACAGUAUGUACAUAUCGGUUUCGCUCUCCUCAAAACUUGCCCAACUACCCUGAAAUUCCGCAGUACUCGGCUUCCAGAUGACGCAGAAAACACAAUCUCAUGUCGGGAAGCUCGGAAUCGCUUUCAGGUAGGGUUAUUAGCUGUACUCUGUAGGGUUUGGUACACACAGAGCAGCGUACAUAUGCCAACCAAACUGACGGUAA